AUGGUGAGGUGCUACCUGCUUUGUGUUUUAAGUUUUUUACUCUGUUGUGCUUGCGGAUUGGUAUGGGCUGAACCAAUCAAGUAUACUAUGAAUCAUAGCGGUAUGUUGGUCGUUUGUUUUCCUCCUUCGGAGGCUGUUCUUCUUGAUAAUGGAACUCCUGACUGUGUUGUCCCCAAAGUAGUGAAGACCCAAGAACCUCAAGAGAACCAUGCCGUGGUGAGACAACAAGAGGGACCACAGAUGGAAGAAAACAAACCGAGAGACGCUGGACCUGAAACCGUGAGGGAAUCACAUCCGGAUAGACAUCAACCAACAAAUGGAGGGAACACAAACUCAAAAGGAUCAGGUGCUAAUGAAGGGAAUGAUAUAUCUGCUAAUGCAUCUCAGAGUUCACCUGAGACUUCUUCCAACACUUCACCCUCACAGGAAGCAACCGUUCAUCAAACUACACAGGAAUCCAAAGAUACUCCCAAUAAACAAAUUCCUGCAGCUACUAGUGGUGAACGUUCUAAUGACCCUUCUGGUGGAGAUGCUGCUUCUCCCAAUACAUCUUCUACACCUGGUGAUGGCAGCAGUAGUGCACCUGCACGUAACGGUCAACUAGACGGUGCAGCACCACAACCUUCUUCUCCUUCUUCAACCAAUUCAGACACAGUGAGUUCCGGUAGUUCUGAUACUGCGAAUACUGAGAACGGCACUACAUCUGCAGAGAGUGAAUCAACAAGUAACCAAAAUGAUGGAGGAAAUGCAGAUACAACCACCACCUCAAACACCACAACAACAACAACACUUCCUCCUGAACUCACAAACAAUAAGAAGGGUGAUGCAGACAGCAGCAGCAGUAUCAGCAGUUCUGUGUGGAUGAGUGCGUCUCUACUGAUUGUGGUUACACUGGCCUGUAUUCUUGUGUGCUGA